AUGCGGCCGCAAUUGCUUCGUGCGGCCGCUCGCUCGAAGCACUUCGCUGCUGCCAGGGCGUACAGCAGGCCCUUGACCACCACCGCGCGGCGCAGCGCGGAAGUCGAGUUGACGAUCGAUGGCAAAAAGGUCUCGGUUGAAGCUGGCUCGGCCCUCAUUCAGGCCUGCGAGAAAGCUGGCGCGACAAUUCCAAGAUAUUGUUACCAUGAAAAACUGUUGAUUGCAGGAAACUGCCGUAUGUGCUUGGUAGAAGUCGAAAAGGCCCCCAAACCCGUUGCAUCAUGCGCGUGGCCCGUCCAGCCAGGCAUGGUCGUCAAGACGAACUCGCCGCUGGUCCACAAGGCCAGAGAGGGCGUCAUGGAAUUCCUCCUGGCCAACCACCCGCUCGACUGCCCCAUUUGCGACCAGGGAGGUGAAUGUGACCUCCAGGACCAAUCCAUGCGAUACGGCGCCGACCGCGGCCGAUUCCACGAAACCGGCGGCAAGCGUGCUGUGGAAGACAAGAACAUUGGCCCACUGAUCAAGACCUCCAUGAACCGAUGCAUCCACUGUACUCGUUGUGUGCGUUUUAUGAAUGACAUUGCUGGUGCCCCAGAACUGGGUUCUACUGGACGAGGAAAUGACAUGCAGAUUGGAACAUACUUGGAACAGAACCUAAGCUCUGAGCUGUCUGCUAACGUCAUCGAUCUCUGCCCUGUCGGAGCUCUUACCUCCAAGCCCUACGCCUUCCGUGCUCGCCCCUGGGAACUCAAGCACACCGAAUCGAUAGACGUCCUGGAUGCUCUUGGCUCGAAUAUUCGCGUGGACUCCCGAGGCAUGGAAGUUAUGCGUGUUAUCCCCAGACUCAACGACGACGUCAACGAGGAAUGGAUCAACGACAAGACUCGAUUUGCCUGUGACGGAUUGAAGACCCAGAGAUUGACUACACCCCUCAUUCGCCGCGAAGGAAAGUUUGCCCCCGCAACCUGGGAGCAGGCCCUGACAGAGAUUGCCUCUGCGCAUGCUCAGCGGAACCCUCAGGCCAAUGAGUUCAAGGCUGUUGCCGGUCACUUGGUGGAAACCGAGUCUCUGGUUGCUAUGAAAGACCUCGCCAACAAGCUUGGUUCUGACAACCUUAGCCUUGACCAGCCUGGUGGAAGCUCGCCCAUUGCUCACGGUGUUGAUGUCCGAUCCAACUAUCUCUUCAACUCGAACAUUGCAGGUGUGGAAGAAGCCGAUACCAUCCUUCUUAUCGGAACCAACCCACGACACGAAGCCGCCGUGCUGAACGCCCGUAUCCGGAAACAAUGGUUACGCUCCGACCUUGAAAUUGGUCUUGUCGGAGAGACCUUUGACAGCACCUUUGAAUUUGAGCACCUAGGAAGCGAUGCCAACAGCCUUAAGGGCGUUUUUGCCGGCGAGUUUGGCAAGAAGCUUGCGUCGGCUAAGCGUCCUAUGAUCAUUGUUGGAAGCUCCAUUGCUGAGCACGCUGACGCAAAGGCUACCUUUGAAGCAGUCGGUCAAUUCGUCGAAAAACACGCCUCAAACUUCAACACCCCAGAAUGGCAGGGCUACAACGUGCUGCAAAGAGCCGCCUCCCGCGCAGGAGCCUACGAGGUUGGCUUCAGCACGCCUUCCCCCGAAGUUGCCAACACCCAGGCCAAGCUUGUUUGGCUUCUUGGUGCCGACGAGAUUAGCGCAAGCGACAUUCCCAAGGACGCUUUUGUUAUCUACCAGGGCCACCAUGGCGAUCGCGGUGCCCAGCUGGCCGAUGUCGUCCUUCCCGGUGCUGCCUACACUGAAAAGUCAGGAACCUAUGUCAACACUGAGGGACGUGUCCAAGUCACUCGUGCCGCCACAUCCAUGCCAGGAGCUGCUCGCGACGACUGGAAGAUCAUCCGCGCCGUCAGUGAAUUCUUAGGCGCCCCUCUGCCAUACGACGACAUUGAAGCCCUGCGUGACCGCAUGGAACAGAUCAGCCCUGCCCUCCGACGAUACGAUGUUCUCGAGCCUACUUCUGUCAGCAACCUCAGCAAGGUUCAGCUGGUCGACCAGAACAAGGGUAGCAACCCUAGCGGUGCUCCUUUUAAGAAAGCCAUUGAGGACUUUUACUUUACAGAUUCCAUUUCUCGAAGCUCCCCUACGAUGGCACGUACCUCGGCCGCCAAGGCUACUGGUAACCCUGAGACGAAUUUCAUGGCUGCUGGUGAACUAUCCCCACAAGCAGCAUUCGGUUAA